CAUCACCGCCUUUUGUGAUAUUCGCGGUGGAUAUAUAAGAUCGGAACUUUGCCCCUUCAAUUUGUUGCGACGCCGACAUAUACGGUAUAUACACUAGUGACUACGACAAAGAUGGGUGAAAAGGGAAUCAUCGAACAUCCUGAACUCCUCAAGCUUGGGGAGCCUCUUCCUCCUGGAAAUCCCCAUGGAAUAAGCGUCCACCUCCCAACAUGGGAAGACACACUCGGCUGGGCAAAGCGAGACCCCCGCGUGGUGGACACCAUGAAAACCGGCUACCCGCGCUUCUUCAUCCCGCGAGUAGUCGAACGCCUAGCCGACCGUCUUCUCGAGCACUUCGCCCAACUCCACAGCCACUCAGACAAUGAUAUCGACCUCAAGGACAAACGUGCCUUGAUCGUCUCCACCGGCCACCACGCGCUCAUGUGUCGCCAAUUCUUCCGCCAGAAGUUUGACCCUGCUUCUGAUCCAGAAGUUACCUUCCCCAUCCUCAUCGCCCACUGGGACGGCACCAUCACCCCCGUUCGCGAGCCCCCAACAAUAAAAGCUCAACCACCACCCCUCCUCGGCCAAGAAGACAUCUUCCUCGUCCCCUACCCCACCGACAUGUUUCCCUUUGCCAAAUCCUUCUGGCAACACACCGGCUUUGGCAUCUCCAGUCGACGCGCGACUUACUGGAUGGAAUGCGCCCCUUUUUUUCAGUCCACUCCCCCCACCAGUUCAGACCACCCACGUAAACCACCAACCCCUUUCGACGAAACCACCACCACCACCGCCCUCUCCUUACUCCGCACCCGCCUCGCAAAAAGCUACUCCACCCCCUUUUUGCCCGUCUCUCCCUCCGACAUCUUCCUCUACCCCACAGGCAUGUCCUCUACAGCCGCCCUCUCCACCGCCAUCAAAUCCCUCGUUUUGUCCACCCCCAGUUCUACCCCUAACCCCUCAGUUCCCCCCCGUGCCCCCUCCGUGGCUCUAUUCGGCUUCCUCUACGUCGAUACCCUUAAACUCCUCUCCUCCCUCCUCGGCUUCACUCUUCACCUCUUCCCGUACUCAACACCACUUUCUUCCCUUUCGGAGUCCCUGGAGGGCGACCUGCAAAUCGAUCUAUUGGUGACAGAAUUCCCCGGGAAUCCACUAAUGCAAUCACCUGAUGUUUCUGGUCUUUAUAAGCUUUCGAGACGACAUGGGUUCGUAUUGGUGGUGGAUGAUACUGUCGGAGGUACCGGAGCGAACGUGAAUGUUUUGGGAAAAUGUGAUGCCGUGGUGAGCAGUUUGACGAAGAUGGUGAGUGGGGGGUGUGAUGUCAUGGGGGGGUGUCUGGUUUUGAAUCCGCGGGCGGAAGGGGGGAGGUAUGGGGUGUUGAAGGGGAUGUUGGAGGGGGGGGAAUUGAAUGGGGCGAUGGAAGCUAGUAGGGAAGAGAAGAAGAGAGAUUCGGGGUAUGCGGCUGGUCUGAACGGCGAGAUAGAAGGGGUUAGGGGAAAGAGACAAGAGAUAAAGGGUGAAAUUACCCCCAAGGAACAAGGGGCCCAAAGAAGAGAGGAGGAAAGAGCUUGGUUCCCGGCCGAUAUUGCAGUUAUGGAACGAAACAGUCGAGACUUUGUCCACCGCGUCCGAAAAGCGAGCGCCAAUGCCGAAUGGCUGGUACACAACUUGCUUCGACCACAUACCAGCGUGCAAGAAGUCUAUUAUCCCAAAGGGUCAUUGACAGAAGAUAUCUACGAGCAGUUUCGGGUUAAACCUACCGAUGAGAGUCUAGAAGAAGAAGGCGGGUACGGCUUCCUAGUCUCUAUCAAGUUCCUCACCCCAGCCAAGGCCAGAGCAUUCUAUAACGCUAUGGCCGUGGCUAAGGGGCCGAGUUUGGGAACAAAUUUUACACUUUGUUGCGCGUAUACGCUGUUGGCGCAUUAUCGAGAGCUGGAGUGGGCAGCCGAGUUCGGGGUGGUGGAGGAUCUGGUGAGGAUUAGUGUCGGGUUGGAGGGUAAGGAGUGGUUGGGACAGAGGGUGAGCAGAGCACUGAAGGCGGCUGGGGAGUGUGACGAGUGAUGGUUGAAGAGGGAGGCCUGCAGGAGAUGAAAGGGAAUGUUAAUGCUUACCUAGUAAGACUGUACUUAACGUUGAUUAGCGUGUAAUUGGGACUGUGGACAACUGGAUGGAUUAAUAACAGAUACCCUCUAUUACCCUUAAUA